UUUAGAAAUCCCACUCCUCUCCUGCCAAACCACGAGCCUUACCACUCCCCCUUUGUGAAACUCAACCCCUUCCAAAAAAAAUGAUGGAGGUCUCUCUCACAUCCCUCAUCACCACGGUCCUGACCCUCACUCUCGCAUCAACCGUCGUCGCCCUCCCUCUCCCCGAAUUCCUUCCCUGGGCGCUUGUGGAUACCGUCUUGCCGGGCUCGGGGAUCCCCAAAGCCGUGGAAAAGCUGGGGACAGGGUUUCAGUGAUGGUCUGUAGCCCUAAGGGCCAAGAAACGCGAGUUUAGGAAACACGUCGCGAGAAUGAUCCCAGGACACUGGCAGCUGGGCUAGUGUUUCAGUAUUUACGCCAUCAAGAGACUGACGG